UAUGGGGCUUGUCUGCUGAAGAGAGAGAGAGAGAAGGAGCGAGUUUUCAUUUUUUUUUUCACUUUUGCCCAAUUUUUUCCUCCUCAAAGAUUCUUCCUUUUAGAAUACUCCCGUUCACUUUCUCCACUUGUUCAACAAUCUCAUCAUCUUCCACAUUCUUUAUUUAAAUACAUAAACCAAAAUUCUGCUCCUUGUGUUUGAUUUUAUGGAUCCACAGAUCUAAUGGUUCCGUACCCACAGGAGCUUCUACUCUCUUCAAGAUCUUCCUCCACUUCAGCUGUAGCAAAAAGCUGGUUUCAACAAGCAGAAGCAAUCAAAUUAGGAAUUGGUGUAUAGUAGCUCAGCUGAGAAAUAAGGGCAAUACUAGCUGUUCUGGGUUGGAAUUUGUGUUUUUAAAAAGUUAUUCUUACAUGUGGAGGUUUUGGAGGGUUGUUUGGAUGAGAUGAGGGAUGUUAUCAGAGUUGAUGAACUACUUGAAGUUCUGUUUUCGGCCGAGGUCGAAUCGGUACGUUCAUACCGGUGCCGAUUCUGGGGGUCGCCAAGACGGGCUCCUGUGGUACAAAGACACGGGCCAGCACAUAAAUGGUGAUUUCUCAAUGGCUGUAGUUCAGGCUAACAAUUUACUUGAGGAUCAAAGUCAGCUUGAAUCGGGUAGUUUGAGCACACAUGAAUCUGGCCCCUAUGGUACUUUUGUUGGUGUUUAUGACGGCCAUGGGGGGCCGGAGACGUCACGCUAUAUCAAUGAUCACCUCUUUCAACAUCUCAAGAGAUUUAGUUCGGAGCAGCAGUCAAUGUCUGUGGAUGUAAUACGAAAAGCAUUUCAAGCAACAGAAGAGGGUUUUCUUAACGUAGUUACUAGGCAGUGGCCUAUGAAACCACAGAUUGCAGCAGUAGGAUCGUGCUGCCUUGUCGGUGUUAUUUGUAAUGAAACUCUUUAUAUCGCCAACUGUGGUGAUUCCCGUGCUGUUUUGGGGAGAAUAGUGAAGGCAACAGGGGAGGUGCUCUCUAUUCAGUUGUCACAAGAGCACAAUGCCUGUAUAGAAUCUGUGAGACAGGAGCUGCAGUCUUUGCACCCUGAUGAUCCACAUAUCGUUGUUUUGAAGCAUAAUGUAUGGCGUGUGAAAGGCCUAAUACAGAUAUCUAGAUCUAUUGGUGAUGUGUAUUUGAAAAAGGCUGAAUUUAACAGGGAGCCUUUGUAUUCCAAGUUUCGUCUUCGGGACCCUAUCAAAAGACCAAUUUUGAGCGCUGAUCCAGCAAUUUCAGUGAUCCAAUUGCAGCCACACGAUCAAUUUAUUAUAUUUGCAUCUGAUGGGCUAUGGGAACACCUCACCAAUCAGGAAGCAGUGGACAUAGUUCAAAAACAUCCACGAAGUGGAAGUGCAAAAAGGCUGGUGAAAACCGCCCUGCAAGAAGCAGCAAAAAAGAGAGAAAUGAGGUAUUCGGACUUGAAGAAGAUUGACCGCGGGGUUCGCCGCCAUUUCCAUGAUGACAUAACCGUGAUUGUUGUGUUUCUUGACUCGAACCUUGUGAGCAAGGCUAGUUCUGUCAAGGGCCCAAAUCUAUCGGUGAGAGGAGGUGGAAUCAACCUGCCUCCUAACACUCUGGCUCCAUACGCCUCGGCAACGGAAGCUGGCAAUACCUGAUUAAACUGUAUCUCUCAUGUGUGUUCUGUUGCACCAUCAUCCUGUGUUAAUACUAGGUAGCUUCCGAACCAAGAACAUUUCCGACGAGGAGCCGGCCUUCGAUUCUUUAAUGUACACUGUAACUUUUAACUGGAAAUCUAAUACUUGCAUUUAGCUUCUGUGCCAACAACAAAAAAGGAACUGGGAGAAGACAACAAGGUGACAGUAAUCGCAGCUUUAUUUUCUUCGCAAUGUUCUUAUCCUUUCGUCUUUCUUUUUCUCUCUCUUUGAUUUCCCUUGGAAUUUCAGAUCUGUAAAUUUGUAUGAGAUGGCCAAUUAAGUUUUUUUGCUUCUCUUUUUAUUUA